AGUAUCGCACAGGUGGUGCGCACCGGGCCGCGUCAGUGCACCCGUGCACCGGUCGUCCGCGACGGGCGUCCAUCAGUCGAGUGUCCGCACGCCGCGAGCGAUGACGUGUCUCCAGUGUAGUGUCGCGUGGCGCGGGAGGGCGCGCGGCUCGUGACGCGGUCGCGCGUCGGCGGCAUGUGAUGUUCCGGAGACUCGCGCUGCGGCGGCAGCUGGCCGCGGCCGGCGCGCCCUCCGUGCCCGAGGAUCAGCUGCGGGGGCUGGCGCGCGCUAUAGACGCCGGCGCCGGCGGCGGGAGCUGCGUGCCGGCCGGCCACCACGCCACGGCACUGCGCCUCGCCGUCACUCGCGCCUUCAGAUUCCCCGACCUCCGAGACCUCGGCGAGCUCAGACGCUCGCCUUACUGCACCGAGCAGCAGUGUUGCAACCCUUACCAUUGGAGCCGCCUCUGCAAGCCCGAAACCCCUCCUCCCCCCUAUAGUCGGAUAGCAAUGGACGACCUCAAUACUAAAGAACACGGCGAAAGCACCCAAGACGCGAGAAGGACUGAUCAUGAGCGGCUUUUCACUGGCUCCCUCGCUACUGAUGGCGCAGAGAAGCAAACUUGGGAGACGGAGUGGUGUAGGCUCGCGUACUGGGAGCUAACACAACGAGUCGGCCGGCAGUUCGGUGUGAAGCCGCGGACCGUGGACGUGGUCGGCGGUGACGCGUGUGCCACCGCUAGGCACAGCUUCUGUCUCGACGCCCUAGACACUAGAGACACGCCUCAAGUAGACCAGGUGCGCAAAACGAGAUCGAAGAUCGGUCUAGGCGUGACCCUCUCGCUGGAGUCCGACGGCGUGUGGCUGUACAACCGCAGCCAGGAGCCGGUGUUCGUGAGCUCGCCGGCGCUGGACGCGGCCGCGGCGAAGGCCCUCCUCGUGUGGAGGGUCGCGCCCGGUCACUGCCUCUGCAUCUUCGACCCGCAGUGUCCGCCCCCGGCCCGCUCCUUACCCCACAUUGGGCCCGUGGACCCGCUGUCCGUGAGGAUCUCCUUCGCUAAAGGCUGGGGACCGAAGUACUCCAGGCGGGAGGUGACCGCGUGCCCGUGCUGGCUCGAGGUCCUCCUCGCGCCGCCCAGCUGACGCCCGAAAUAGACCGGAGGGGGCGUCGCUUCGGGGGGCUGAACGACUUGUGGUUUGGGAACCUACGGUAUUUAGAAAACCCGAAAACUCUUGAAGAAUUCGAAAAAGGAACACUAAGAAACGAAAGUUUCGAUACCACAAGGGGGUAGCCGUGAUUUCACAGAAUAACCCAUUUCUAUUGAGUGAUUCGAAAGGUUUACUCGUCCGAAGCGGUCGUCUCGUUGUGAUAGUGUGUGAUGAACGAAUGGUGCAGUGCAAAGACGAUAUGAACUCCUGAACGGUUUCCGUUUAAGUCAUGGACCUUUAUUAAUCUAAUUUAAAUCGGAAUACACUCGGGGACAUUAAAAAUUACCUGUAUAUAAAAAUAGAUUUGAUUUUAAUUAUACAAUGACCUUAAAUUGUUAUACAAUAUGUUUUUAAUGUAUUCGAGUGUAAUAAGCUAUAUUUUAAUGUUAUGUUUGUUGCAAUCGUAUGUGACGAUGCCCGUGUUUUGGGUGUUUCUUGACCUCCUCUUAUUGAGAAAAAUAGCAUGAUGUAUUUAUUAAAUUUAUGAACGCAGCAGAUCACGUUACACCACAAAAUGUAAAUAUAAUUAAUCGUUUUAAAGCAAACGCGCGUAUUCACGAGGCCUUAUAAGUCAAUAAUUGGUAUUAAUGUGAUGGUUUUUUUUUAAUGAAAAGAAAACAGUGCAAUAUGUCAUUAACUUUAUCAUAUUUAGUCAUUUAUCAUUCAUCUCGUUAGCUACUCUCACAGAUUGGAAAAGCCAAUUUUGUCGUGGAGUUCCUUAAGACACUGUUUUCUCAUUACUAUGCCAUGGAAAUUAUGGGGCCUUACUCCGUGUUAUAUGUACCAUAUAGUCAACUAUACAAUUUUCUAAGUUGUAUAUUAUUAUGUAUAGAGCUCGGCUUUAAGACAAUGCGAGACUGUAUAUAUAAAAGUUAUGUACUAUAUUAUUUGUAAUAAACUAUUUAUAAUUAUGAAAUAUGCCUUACCUUAGAUUGUAAAUUAUUUAAGAUUAAUGUAUAGUAUAUAUUUCUUUUUUGUACAAAAAUAAUUAUUUGAUACAACUUUUUUGUAUUGCGAGUUGAUAACCGUUAUAUAUGUGAAGAGAAGGCUGUGUGAUAAGCAUUUCUAACUGACUCCAGGAAAAAGUUAUGAUGAAAUGUAUCUCAGUAUGUGUCAUGUGCAUCACGGGAACAAUACCAGAAACACAUAGUUUCCUUUAGACAUAAUCACACAUUGAUUUUGAUCUUUUAGUUUUUAUAAUCGAAGAUCUGCCAAUGUAAACAUUGAAGUUUAUUAAAAAAUAGUGCAAUCGUUGAAUUUUUUUUAAUAAAGGUAAUAGAUAGGUGAAAUUAUAAAACAGAUUUUGAACAUUGUGCCUUGCGUUGUAUUCAGAAUAUUAUAAUAUAUAAUAUAAAGUAAUAAUCCAAAAUUUAUACAUAAUAUAUAGGGUAAUAACAGUCAAUUUCACUGGCUUUUUUAAAUAGGUAUAUACAAAUACAUUAUAUGAAGCUCGAAUUUAUGAGUGUACUGCUUAGAGACAAAGUGAGUUGACUUGACAAUAAGAUUUCAUUCUAGUCUUUUUAAAAAACCUUGCUUUGUCGUAAUACACAUAAUACAUAGGUAAACUGUUAGCACGUACAGUGAAGAGCCAGUUUGUUAAAAAAUUAUAUUUUCAUGAACAUUUUAAGCCACAGUCGACCACUAUUGAAUAAAACACAGAUAUUUAUGAAUACAGUAAACAAUUUUCUCAUCCUAUUUCGGUUUCGAUAAUUGCAAUAAGCCUGGCCUUCAUUCCAGAAUUAAAAUUACUAAAUAUAUAAUAAGUAUACAUAGCAAACGUUUUUUAGUCACAAAAUGCAAGCCAGUUCAAAUACAUCAUAAUUAUUAAUUUGGUUAAUUAAAUUAAUAAUGUCGAUAAAACAAGAUGCUGUUUAGUCAUUGCAUUAGACUGAAGUAGAGCCUUAAUCUACCAUCUACAAAUUUGUUAACAUUGUGUGUUUUUUGAACCGACUUUUCUAAUUAAAUCUGUAAUUGUAUUUGGUUUUCACUACAUAAAUUGAUAAAAUAAUAGCACAGAUCAAAUUACACCUACUUAAUGAAAUUUCUGCACAUUUCUUUUGGCCUGCAGUGUACGUUUUAUAAUUUUGCAUUAACUGUUAAAAUACACACUGUUGAUGAUUUGUUAGCUGGCGUUUAACGUAAUUAGGAAUCUUCGAUUCGCCUGUUACUUCUUUAGUUGUAAUUUUGACGAUGGACGAGAUUAGGUUAUGAUAAAUUAUAAAUAAAGAAAGAGAAUAUUUUUAAAUU